UAGGCCCGAAACGUCAGCUUUUGUGCUCCUGAGAUGCUGCUUGGCCUGCUGUGUUCAUCCAGCCUCACAUUUUAUUAUCUUGGAAUCUCCAGCAUCUGCAGUUCCCAUUAUCUCUAAAAUCUGACCUAUCCGGCUUUCUUUGUACUCCCCCUCCACCAUACCAGGUUUUUCACUCUUCCGAUCAGCUUUCUCUCAUUCUCUUCCGCCCAGUUUUCUCUAUCUCUUUUCUACCCCGGUCUGGAGGCCGAGUGUCUGCUUAUCUAUCUCUUUCUCUCUCACUCGUCUAGGGUGUCACGCUGUCUGUCUGUGUGUGUGUGUAUCUCUCUCUAUUCCAGGGCGUCUCUGUGAUCUCGGUUUCCGACUCCUCAAUGGCUUAGGGUUGCUGAAUGUUAUGCGCCGCCUCCGUUUUCGUGAAUGUCUUAUUUACUACCGAUCAUGUGAUCAUUUUAAUCUGAGCCGGUCAUAUGAGGAGCCCCCAGAGUUUAGCUGUGCAUUCCUGUAGUAUUCUCCCAGCGUUCGGUAAAAAUAAUGAGGUGGUGUCUGCUGUUGCUAUGUGUCCGUAGCUGUUUCGGCUAUUACUCCCCAGAUGAAGUCCUGGACUUGCCUGGUCUGAGCACCCGUUUAAACUUUAGGCAAUGGUCCGGUUACCUUCAGGCGUCUCCAGGCAAACAUCUACACUACUGGUUUGUGACGUCUCAGCGAAACCCAGUCAAAGACCCUGUGGUCCUCUGGCUGAACGGUGGGCCUGGGUGUAGUUCCUUAGAUGGAUUCCUCUCUGAAAAUGGCCCUCUGCAUGUGAAUGAUGAUGGCAAUACACUCUACAUCAACAAGUACAGUUGGAAUAAAGUGGCCAAUGUUCUGUACCUGGAGUCCCCAGUUGGAGUUGGUUUCUCCUACUCGGAUGAUCAAAACUACGCCACUGAUGAUGAUGAGGUUGCAGAAAACAACUAUCUGGCCCUGAAGGAUUUCUUCAGCAAGUUCCCCAACUUCACAAGCAAUGAUUUCUAUAUCUUCGGUGAAAGUUAUGGGGGUGUCUAUACACCGACUCUGAGUCUGAAAAUUGCUGAUGGCCCAGCUAAGAUUAACCUCAAGGGCUAUGCAGUUGGGAAUGGACUGAGCAGCACGUUCUACAACGACCAGUCGCUCGUCUACUUUGGAUAUUACCAUGGACUCUUUGGGGACACAUUGUGGAACAGACUGAACAGAUACUGCUGCAAGGAUGGAUCUUGCAACUUCUUCAACAACACCAAUCAUAACUGCCAAGAAACAUUGGAGGAAGUCUUCAUGAUAAUUUACAACAGUGGGCUCAAUGUGUACUCGCUGUACAUGGACUGUGCUGGGGGAAUACACAAAAAUAACAUGCGCUUCCUCAAAGACCUCCAGAACAUCUUUCAAUUUUACCAGUUUGAAGUAGUGGAGGACUCCGAUGAUUCCAGUAACUUAGUUCCUCCAUGUAUUAAUGGUACAGCUCAGAAUGCAUGGCUAAAUCGUGCAGAUGUGAGAAAGGCCCUCCAUAUUCCACAAAUUGUCCCAGCCUGGGACAUCUGCAGUGAUGUGGUUGGUGAAGAGUACCAUCGUGUCUAUCCCACAAUGCAUGACUUCUACAUGAAGCUGCUCAGUAAGGGUCUGCGUGUGCUGGUCUACAAUGGGGAUACAGACAUGGCUUGCAACUUUCUGGGCGAUAAUUGGUUUGUGCAGUCAUUGAAUCAGAAGAAAACCCGAGACUAUCAACCAUGGACUUACAAUAAACAGAUCGCAGGGUUCUAUGAACAAUACGGGAACCUCACCUUCCUGACUGUCAAGGGGGCUGGACACAUGGUACCACAGUGGGCACCAGCACAAGCUUUGAAGAUGUUUGAAUCAUUCCUCACCAACUCUACAUACUGAUGAGGCUGCCACCUUGCCUUGAAAGCUGAUUGCCUACCUUACUGCCUUAUCAGCCUCUUGUUAAAUUUUUACCUCUUUUUCUCUUCCAAAUGGGAUUUUAUUGUAGCACAGGGACCAAAGCAAACUGCACCAAGCUGACCCAAAGGAAGCCUAAUCAAAAACAUUUGAGUAAAGAGGACUAGAUUAGAAGAAGUAUCAACGUUAAGUUAAUGAAGUUAAGUUGUUAACUUAUCAAGUUAACAAAGAAUUACUUUUAAUAAUUAAGAGAUUUCUCCUAUGAAAUUGCAAGAGAAAGGAAUACGGAGGAAUAUUCAAGAGUUGUGGUACAGAAAUACCAGGCAAUAAUCAUAUCAAACAAGAGAGAAUCUGACAUUGUCCAUUGACAUUUGAGGGCACUACCAUCACUGGGCAGUUCUCCUCCUGAUAAGUCAGAAGUGUGAUGGAAUCUGUUCCAAUUCCCUGGAUUGGAAUAGCUCCAAUAAAUACCCAAGGAGUUUGACACCAUCCAGGACAAAGUCAACUGCCUUAACUUAUCCAGACGUUAUCCUUCCUUUACUGAGUUAUUAGCCUGGAACUCCCUUCUGACAAUGCUGUGGGUUUACCUACACCACAAGAACUGCAGUAGUCCAAAAAGGCAACUCACCGCUAACUUCCCAAGGGCAGUAGAUGACCAUGCCAGCAAUGCCCACACCUUAUGAAAACAUUUGAAAAGAAGUUCAUGCUGACUGGGUCUUCUCAGACCUAAGUCCGUACUUGUUCUUGGAAGUGCUGUUAAUGUUCCGAAAGCCCGUGUUUCUGGAGCAAUACCUUCACCCUGUGCCCAUGCUGGUUGUAACGCUGUUACUGUGUGACCCUGUCUGGAUCUGUGUGUAUACACACUGGAAGUCAUGUGUGUAGGUGUUAGCAUUUCGGGUCCGGUGACCCUGCCUCGACUCAAAACGUUAACUUUGAUUUCUCUCCAUUGAUGCUGCCAGACCUGCUGAGCUUUUCCAGCAUCUUCUGUUUUUGUUUCUGAUUUACAUCAUCCACAGUUUUUUUUUGUUUUUUUUAUGAGUGUAUCCUUGGGCCCAGUUCAGCUCAGUUUGAUGCAGUUGCUAUUUUGGAUUAAAAAUCCCAUUUUGGAAUGUUUUUUUUGUUUUGUAAUCUUGGGAUUGCUAAUCAUUAGAAUGUCAAUCAGUUACCUGAAGGACCUUUUUUGUUGUAAAAAAAAAAAAAAAAAUUUUUAAUUAAUGGCCAGUGACUACUGACUCUGUUCAACAACUUUACCUCCUCCAGAAUGGGUGGAGUCCUUUGGUUGCCUUUCAGAUGGGUUUCUGAGAAAUUUUAUACUUGGUAUAAGUAUAUGAGUAAUUUGAGUCGUAAUGUAUGGCAAGUUUGAGAGUAAAAGGUAGUUUGUAACCUAC